AUGCGGGGCAGCCCCGCCCUCAACCCGCCGUCAAUCGUUUUCCUCGCUAUCGCAAUCAUGGAACGAGACACAUCCAGCCUCAGCCAGUACCCCUCGCAACGACGGGUGCGACGAGUGGUCUGGCAGCGGAACGAUGACAGCGCCGUCGACCUGUCCGACUCUUCCUCUUUUUCUGCUUCUCCCUCGUCUUCUUCCCGCAUUAACGCCACACCAUUCACUACACUUGCUUUGAACGAGGGCAAGCGACGGCGGCCUCGACGUUUCUCCCGACCUAGAUGGAAGAAAUCCGUCAUAAUGCGGCAGACGGUGCAUGUAUUCGGUACAGAAAGUCGAGCCCCGCGAACACAAACACGAAAGCGAACGGAGAUGAAACCAACGCGAACGCCGAACACCGCGAACGAAAACGCUAGAACGGGAAUGGGGGAAGACAUACAAGGCGGAGCAGAGGAGACACGAAAACGAGAACGAGAAAGCAAACGAAAGGGAAUGAGAAGUCGUCUGCGUUCGUCUGGAGUCGAAACGGCUACACGGCCCCUGGGGAUGAUUGACCAAUGCCCACUCACCACCCCGAACGUCUCACCACGCCACCACCCCAACUCGCCACCACCCCAACUCACCACCACCUGGGCACACCCUCAAUCCACAACGCAGAACGCAGAACGCAAACGACCCCGGCCCAAACUUACGCACUCACGAACCCACAAACGCCGAACACGGAACUCGGCUCGUCGCACGCCAACGAACGCACGUUACGAGCUGGAGCGGGAGGUGCGGGAUUGUGAAUCUGACGGCCGAACGACCACACGGUCAAAUUACAGCACGGGGGGACGGUCGAAGAGCAGAAUGGGGGGCACCGGGGGACGGGGGGUUCAGGGUGCGUACAAUGCUAGCAGCAGCAACGGUGACACGAUGGUGUUGGCGGCGGCGGCGGCGAAACGACAGGCCAAACACCAUCAACCAACCACUAAACUCCAACCGCCAACCGCCAGACAGUGUACCCCAGUCAAUGAUCGGCUAUCACGUCGACGCGACCUUUGGUCGCUAACUCCUACCCACGCCGCCAACUCCUUGCUCACCAGCACGCCGUCAACACGGCCUAGAGCGCGCCCCAACACCCAGCCAACUCUCACGGACGCCGCGAACACGCCGGACGGCCCUCCAACGCGCCCUGAUGCUCAAGCCGGUGCUUACACGUUCUUCGAUCUUCCCAAGAGACGGGGCACGCCAAGCGGCCUACCCGUCGUGUCAGUUGUCGAUUACCUGAGUGCGAGUCCGUCAUCUGCUUGGGAACGGAGUAACGACCAUCUACUGCAAUAUCCGCCGCGCAUACACACGACAAACGCAGCGACUUCUCACCCACCAUCCAUCCCCUACUCCUCACGCUCAAACCUCCCACCUCCAACUCGAACCGGCGUCCUCGCCGCGCCCAUGAAGGCAGCUCCAAGUCUCAGCGCUCAGCCCUCGUCUUCUCCCCUUCAGCCACCACCAUCAUUGCGCCCGCGACAACAACUCGCGGCAAGGAGACCACGAGUACAAGCGAAGGUGUCGAGAAGGGGACGAGGGGACGCGGACGAAGACACAAGCGACAUUAACUCGGACGCGGACACCGAUACGGGCAGCGAAAAUGAACUCGGCGUAAGGCGUGAUGCGGGGCAGUGCGCAGCCAGCGCAGAAACCGUGCAAGCAGCGGAAUCGGGAACGGCAGAAAUAGGGCCAUUCCAACAAGUCCGCGCGUCCCAAACCGCCGAUGAACGACCCCAACGAAGAUCCAGGCUAUGA